AGGAGAGCUUCGGGACACAGCAAUGGCUCUGGUGAAACUGUUGCUGGCGCAUCUCAUUUUGUGCAGCGUUUAUGGUUAUUGGGGCAAAGCAACAAGCAUUUCCAAUGAUGAUUCGGAGAUAGAGGCACAACUAAAGAUUUUGAAUAAGCCUGCCGUCAAGACAUUUGUGACUAAAGACGGAGAAACCAUCGAUUGUGUGCCCAUUCACAAGCAACCGGCAUUCGAUCAUCCUUUACUCAAAGAUCAUAAAAUUCAGCUAGAACCCAAUUUGCCUCCUUUUGAAAAGGAUACACCUCCCCCGAAUGCAAAAUCCGUAAAUUUCGGCUUGAGAGAACCUUGCCCCGUCGGAACAGUUCCCAUCCCUCGAGUGACCAAGGAAGAUUUGAUAAGGGCAAGAUCCAUUCCUAAAAUGCCAUCUAUAUCUACUAGGGGACAGACUAAUUACAAUCAACAUGUGGUUUCUUUAAGAGACAAUCAGGUAGAAAACAUCAAAUAUGGAGCUGGUGCGAGGAUGACCGUCUACAAUCUAACUGUUGCUCCUGACCAGUUCAGCUCACACAAUAUAUGGCUUGAGACAGGUCCUAUAGAGCAUAUUAGCAUGAUCGCAGCCAGUUGGCAAGUCAAUCAACAAUUAAAUGGCGAUAGAAUUUCCCGAUUAUUCACAUACUGGACGGGUGAUGGUCAUCACAAUGGGUGCUAUAACGUGCUAUGCCCAGGUUUUGUUCAGAUCGAUAGGGAAGUAACAACCAAUUAUCCAUUCUACGAUACUUCCGUCAUCGGCGGGAAGCAAUACGAGCUGCUGCUUCGAGUUGAACAGGACUUGUAUACCGCGAACUGGUGGUUGAUCGUGAACGAUGAUCCUCCGGUUAAAGUGGGUUAUUGGCCGAAGGAACUGUUCGCCUAUCUACGCAAUGGCUCGCUGCAUGCGGCUUGGGGAGGAAUCGGCAUGGAGGGAAGUGAUGGAUACUGUCCUCCGAUGGGAAGUGGUCGAUUUCCCGACAGCGACUCCGAUUACACACAUGCGGCGUACUUCAGGAAUAUGUACUGGCUUUACAGAUUUAGCGCCCGCCUUCAACCUUCCAAGAAAAUCCGAGAAUACGUCGAUAAGUCCAACGUUUAUGGCUUGACGAACCAUGGCAAUGUACGGAAAAUGGGGUACACACUUGGCUAUGGAGGCCAGGGAGGUUACUGUAGAGCCCAAUGAUUUCCAGGGAAGAAGUAGUUUUGAGCAGCUUAAUAAAGCAAAGCUUGAGCACCUUCUGUAAUUCCA